AUGCUCUCCACCGUUAUCCCAAUCGCUGCUUUCCUUUCUCUUGCGACAUUUGCACUUCAGUCUAGCGCUACGCCUGUUGCUGAUCCCAGCGUUGCAGCUGCUCACCACAGCGCUCCAGCUACUGCUCAGCCGAAGCCCACCAAGCGCUGCGGUGCAAGCGGUGGCGGCUGGGGCGUCCCGUUCGCCAAUGCAUUCAACAACAACGUUGGCUAUGCCUGCAGCCACUGCAACUCUAAUGAGAACACCUUGUAUACCAGUAAUGCCAAUGCAUGCCAGGCGUGCGAUAACGUGCAUGGCAAUAACAGUGCCUUUACCAGCUUCCGCAAGCGCUGCGGGUGUGGUGGUGUUGGGUGCGGUGCAUGUUUUGGCUGGCCGUGGUACUGUGGAUAUGGCAGUGGUAGCUACGGUUGUUAUGGCGGAUAUGCCUGCCCCGGCUACUUGUACUAG